GGAAACUCCCUAUGAGACGGACUGCCGAAUGUGGACCUGCUGGCGAGGAAGGCACCAACUCCUCCUCAACAGUUGCUACAGACGCUGACCAAGAAGACUCCGCAGAACUGAGUCGAGAUAGCACCUCUUCUUUCGAAGAAAAUGCAGUCGAGCAUGAGAGCAAUGAAGAUAUUUCCUCGCUCUCUGUAUGUGAGCUACGAAAGGCUCUGCAAGAUGCGAAAAAGAAAAACACUGAUUUGCAUGAAAACUUGUCGACAUCAAAAAAGAAGUUGAAGACUGCUGCCAGGAAAACAAAGCGGUUAGAGAAAGAUCUCUCAGCGCUGGCCAAAAAUCUGGAUUUCUUGAAAGAGGACCAGAAGGCUGCCUUGAAGAGAAAGAGCCGGAAAGGUAGUGCAUGGAGUGCAGAAACCAUAAAGAAAGCGCUGCAACUCAAAUUUGCUUGUGGCUCUGCAGGCUACGACUUACUAUUAGAACAGGGCAAGCCUCUUCCCUCACUUUGCAGAACACUUUGCAGACUACUGCAGCACCUGUCAUUUAAUCCCAGCGUUUUGAUUGAUAUAGUAAAUAUGAUGAAAGUGAAAGUGGCCGCAAUGUCAAACAUUGAAAAAGACUGCGUCAUAUUUCUCGAUGAAAUGGAGAUUCGCAAGGGUGUCGAGCUAUACCGCAGUGGUGACGGCUUCCUUGGCAAGGUGACGCUCCCUGAAACCGACCGAGCAGCAAACCAUGUACUCGUCUUUAUGGUUGGGGGCCUAAACACCCGCUGUAAGCAGGUGAUUGCUUAUCACUACACAGGUGCUUUUGUCAAUGGAGAGAAGCUGAGAGACUUUGUCUUCCAUUUAAUCAACCUUUGUGCAGACAUUUCUUUGCGUGUGCUGUGCGUGACAUGCGACAUGGGGAGCUCCAACCGUGCGAUGUGGCGGAGCUUAAACCUGUCAAGCUCCCGCUACUCUGUCACUAAAUGCACUGUUCCCCACCCAUGUGACAAUUCUAUGUCAUUGUUUUUUAUGCCGGAUCCUUCACAACAGAUGAAAUUGCACCCCUGUGGGCAAUAAACAGGCGAGGAACUCGCAGUUACACUUUGAAAGAUUAAAAAGCAGACAGGUUGUCUUUGCGAGCAAAAGAAACAGAAACAGCUCGCGCGACAGAAGCGAAACCAACCGCCGCGCGCGAGCGGCUGUUAUCAAAGCGCAGGAAUUGAAAAACCAAAAACCACGUAGAAAAAGAAAAAAACAACAAUUUCUUCCACUCGCACGGAGCAGUAGCACCUGCUGGGCAACGGAUCUUUAAAAUGAUAGCCUGUUUAAAAUGAUAGCCAACUGACGGCACACUAAUUGUUCAACCUCGACCACUCGGGGCCCUAAAAUUAAUUCGUACAAUUACGUCUUCGACCCUCGGAUGUUAAAAUGGCUAUUACGAGUAAAAAGAUGCGCAGUGCAAUAUUUAUAAAAAGAUUGUUCAAAUCAAAGCACUCGAAGCGCGCCGAGAGCAUGAACGGCGCCGUUACGAACGCUAGCGCGGCCGAUCCCGUGUGCUUCAAUAUGGCGGCGCCGUUGAGGUUGUCUCCACCCUGAACAGCGCCGCUGGCAUCGAUGCACCCUAAGAAAGGCGGAGCCCGCACGGUGGCGGAAAAGUUCAAAAGAUGGCGCUAUUUUUAAACAUUGAGUGGUUUAACUCCGAUGAUGAUGAUCUAUUGGGAUCCCCUUUGAAACGGGGCGGAGACAAAUCGUCACCUAGCCUGAUUGAGUUACUGAGGUAUGCUGUCAAUGCUUUUCCUUCUGGCAUUUUCUGGCUUCGAUCACUUUUGGCCACACUGUCGCCUCGACGAUAGUAUCGCCGGCAGGCGCGCGCUGAUUGGCUGGUUGAGCAAAAUCGGAUGACGUAGUGCUCAACCAGCCAAUCAAUUCGUCCAAUUUUGCCAAAACAGCCAAUCAGCGCACACCGAUGGCAAAGGUGUGGCCAAGGCGGUAGCAUCGCCGAAAGUGAUCCGUCGCAGAAUAUAUCCCUUGUACACAUCUCUUUCAUCUUCUCUAUCUACCUAGUACCGCUGCCUAUGCUUGUAAUGGAUCCGGUUGUAUCAGUCUGUUCCGUGCUUGUUUUCCACCAUUACUCUAAAUGUCUCUUGCUUAUCUCGACUGUUGACCAGUUGAUACUUCUGUCUACUUUAAAUCCAAGCACUUCUGUAAGUUGUAUGUUAAAUAAUGGUAUUGCUGGAUGAAUCCCUUCACAUUCCAUUAGGAUAUACUGAGUGGUCUCCGGAUCUUUGCUGCGGCAUACACAUGCCUCAUCUAAUUGCGAAUAUUUGCUCCGGUAUGUUUUUGUCCUUACGCAACCAACUCUAGCCUCAAAUAGCAAGGAACUUGCCUUCGUGUAGAGUUUCCCUUCCACUUUCUUUUUUCUCAUUCUUGUAAAUCUCCAUGGCCUUUUUCGUUUCCAUUCUUUGCAUCCAAUUCGCUAUCUCUGUUUCUCUCACUUUCUCUCUGAUUAUUCCUUGUUGUCUACCUACAUAUUCAAUUACCUUGUAACCCGUCGGGGUUGCUCAGUGGCUAUGGUGUUGGGCUGCUGAGCACGAGGUCGCGGGAUCGAAUCCCAGCCGCGGCAGCCGCAUUUCGAUGGGGGCGAAAUGCGAAAACACGUGUGUGCUUAGAUUUAGGCGCGCGUUAAAGAACCCCAGGUAAUUGAAAUUUCCGGAGUCCUCCACUACGGCGUGCCUCAUAAUCAUAAAGUGGUUUUGGCACGUAAAACCCCAUAAUUAAAUUAAUUACCUUGUACUUGGUUGCCAACUUUCUUGACUUCUUCCUUCAUUCUAUGUCUACACUUUUUAGGUACAGACAGUUGCGCACUUUAGCCGCCCAUUCAUUUUGAUGCAUGUUCCCGAGUCUUCAAAACUAAUUUUGCUCUGCGCUUCUCUCACUUCAAACGAGACCCAACCCAUGUACCCUUGCACUGCCUCAUUUGUGGUUUUGCCGAGGGCUCCCAAAGCCAACCGAUCUUUCGUUAACUUCCAACCCCGACAUCCAAUUUUUUUGGCAUUUGCGAACGUCAGCGCUGGCACCAUGACUCCUUCGCAGAUUCCAUACACCACUCAUAUUUACUGUGGCCCCCAUGUUCCAUUACUGCUGUAUCACGCUACCUUUUUAUUUUCAGAUUAUCUUGGUGGGGUGCUUAAGUCUUUCCUUCGUUUAUGUAUACACAGAGGUAUUUAUACCACUUGACUACACGUGUGAGCUGCUGUUAAAUCGGCACCAUGAGUUACUCGGCUGUUCAUUAAAAUCAUAAUUCCUGAUUUCUCUGUGCUAAAUUUACAGCAUGGAUAUGUCAUUGCGUUGGCCAGCGUCUAAAUCUCCUGCAUUGUCCGCUAUAGUCGGAACUUAAGUCUGCAGUGAAGCCCCGCCCACGCCCUCAUAACCGCCAGCCACUGUUCCUCUGCAAGGCUGCAAAUAGUUCGUACUUCAAACUUUUCUUGUUACCUAAACAAUGCAGUAACCACAAAAAUAAAGUUAUAAGCACGUAUACGUUUUUACUCGUCUGUUAUCGUGGAACGGCGAAAGCCUAAUUGUAUAUUGAACUGAAAUAAAACGCUUGUUUUGCUGCAACUAUAUUUACUGUCAAGUUUUGCAUCAGUUGGCAGUGAAGUUUCACUAGUAAAACGGGCUCAGCAAUGAAAUGAACUGUACCGAAGACUUUUGAAGAGUGAAGUGCUCAGACUCCAUACGCUUUGUCCAUGUCUGUUGCACACCUCAUCGCUUCCGCCGAUGAAAACUCUUCAAGAACAGCAGACUCUGAGGAGGUAUCAAGUACCAUUUUGAAAACGUCGCAUGACAAUGACUCUGUUUGCUUCUGUGAUUGGCUAGGUGAGUAACAAAACGCCGUGCGAUCCGUGUGCCUUGGUUGCCAACUUCUGUUGUUUAAUGUUGUAUCCUACUAUAGUAGCACUAUGUCGUCCGCGAGUGCGAGGACCUUCUGUUGCACUAUUUGUCCAUUACGCGUGUAUAAUAAAUCAAAUCCUGAUGACUGUUUUCCAGUUCUCUUAAUUUUCUGUCCUUAACAUAAAGCAUGCAUAACAAUGGAGACAGGGGCAUCCUUGCUUCAGUCCUUGGUUAAUUUCCACCACUUCAUUACAAUUUCGGCCUUCACAUACAACACAGUUAAAAUGGUUGCACCCUUUGGGGCUUAUCUUGUACCACAACAAUAAUUGUUAUCUGCCUUGCUCACGAAAAAUCUGGAAGAAUCUGCGCUCGCUGCUUUCCUGUCGACAAUGCUGUUAAGACGAUAACGUGCAUGCCGUUCAUGACCUGGAAGUACCGGUCUCGCAGCGUUAAAGAAAUAAAAUGCGGGCAAGAUAGAUGACAAUUAUUAUUGUGGGACAAGAUAAGCCCCAAAAGGUGCAAACUUUUUUAGAAGUGAAUUUUUACUCGGUUGUUUCCAUAUAUGUCCCUCAGCGGCUCCAUGAAAUCGUCUAUGCCUUCGUGCUUGAGAAAAUCCCAUCACAAAUCCCCGUCUACGUUGUCGUAGGCUCUCUUAAUAUCUAGAAAUGCUAUCCAUAAAGGUCUAUUCGGCUACUGAAAUCGAUACGCGCUGAGUUAGAAUAAAAUGCAGGAGUUUCACCUGAAAGGCGGAGCAUCGAUUGCGAUAGCAAAUUAGCAAAUUAGUGGACAGCUGUACGAAGGAAGGAUAGUAGUUUUAUCGGUCAUAUAAACUUGCAAAAAUAGGCAUACUAACUAAAUCAACAAGCAUGGUGUCAUGUGCACACACGCAAACAAACACGUCACUCGAUGACAGCAGAAACUCGCUGUCAAAAUGCUGGAGUGAGGAAGCGCGGCAGCAGCAGCGAGUGAAUCGACCUUCGUGCCGAGUCUCGCAUGAACACGAACUAAGGCACAGAAACACAACGCGCGGCGGGCUCUGUCCCUGUCGCAUAUGGCUUUCAAGAUACAGCUGCCUGGAGUAGAACACGCCCACCCUCACUACUCUCCCCCGGAGUCUUGCGCGCGACGGAAGACAACGCGCUUCCCUCCCUUGCGUGCGCGAGAUUGAGCUGUGAUCGCCGGCUCACCCUCGCAUGCUUUCACUCGCACAUACAGCAUACGACGCGCAGCAACCAUUUUAUCGCCCUUGGACUUUAUACAGAAUCUCACGGCAGCAGCAGAAAUGCACCUGGAGUGUCCAUAUAUUUACUAUCGCAAUAAAACUUUAUAUUCCAAGCGUCUGCCUGGUCUGAACCCAUUCUGUAGUUCCCCCAGUAUAACAUUUCUUUCCGCCCAUUUCGACAGUUCUAAUUUUAUGGCUCGCAUUGCCAUUCUAUAUAGCACCGACGUUACUGUAACUGCGCUGUACAAGCUCGUCCUAUCCUUAUCACCUUUGCCUUUGUAGGUGACGUUCAUCUUGCUUUCACGUCACGCCAUCCAACUGGGAUUUUUUUCAUUUUAAUCAAUUGUUCAAUGGCAUUAAUCAACAGUGCCUUGCUCUUUAGACCGAAGUUCUUGAUUAGCUAUAUUGGGAUUUUAUUGGGCGCUACGGUGGUGUUAUUAGGGACAUUUCCUUCUAAUUUUUUUCAGUAAAAGUUUUCUAUUGUAAAUUUUGAUCUCUCAGGCUUCACUGUUGAUGCUGGAUCUGUUUCAGUCUGAACUAUGCUUUCUUUGCUAUGCAUCUGAACUUUGGAUCUGAAGUGGUGUACCCUGGUCUGCAACCGCCACCUCUUGGUGGCAUCUUGAACUAGCAAUGACGGUUGCUGGCAAUGGCUUUCCUCCAUUCUCAGCUUACCCUCGCAUGCUUUCCCAGCACUCACACCAUACAGUACCAGGUCUUAUCAUUGUUGGACUUUAUACAGAACAUCACGGUGACGACGAUUGCAAAAAUUUGACUGGAAUGCUCAUAUAAUCAUACUGCAAUAAAAGCUAACCGGGCGUCCGCAUGUUGGCUGUACACUUGAUAGCAGACGAUGCUCAUUGCAUUCGCAAAAAUUUUGAGACGUCGCACAGAAUCGAUAUUUACGCUUGAAAUAGAACACCAAAUUAAGAACAUGUAAGCGCAGUAGCUCUCAGUGCCCAUACACAGAGCACACCUCUGCCCAAUCUAGUUAGGGAGCAGUGCUCUCGGCCCAUUCAAUAGCUGAAUGGAGCUCACUCCCCCUGGUUUUGAUGUCCGCCAUCAACCGUGGCCGGAAUACAAAAAACCAUUGGGAGAAAAUUACAAAGAAAAAUUAUCAUUGUGCCGCGAGGGUUUGAACUUAUGACCAACAAAGUGACAGAGGUUCCUAGCCUUACUCUGCCGAUGCGCUACUACAGUGGAGAAUACGGAUCCUCGAGAGCAUGAUCGUGCCAGCAGUUGCCAUGAUAGGCUAAUGCCUCCUCAACAAGUGUAUACUGGAUAGAUCUGACGUUGAUGUCUUCUUCAUGUUCUAGAUUAUCCCCUGCCCAAUUGCAGAAGCGGUGCUAAAUAAAAUUAAGUUAAUUUUUGUUUCUUUGUUUUUUUUUUCUUCUACAUCUAUUACGACAGCAAGUGAGCACAGCUAUUUCAUCUUCAUUAGUCCUCUAAAUUCAAGGAACACCUGAUAAAUGCAGCAGUAAGCUAAGGGCUGUUUUAAAAGAGACCAGUGGCAAAGCCUGGAUAGAUAAAAGGAGGAAGAAAAAGAGCCCUUCCACUUCACCAUUGGGAGGCACAGCUUCCACAAACAUGACUCUCACUUCUUUCACUUCUUGGAAGAGCACUCGCUCACUCCCCCAUGCAAAUGUUCGCUCUUAACAAAAAACACCUCACGAAACAGUCUAGGGCUCACUGCGCAUUAUAUUUCGCCAGCUAUUGCAUCACUGCUUUGCAUUAUUGGCGAAACAAAUUUUUUUGCUCAUGUUCUUACAGCAUCAAUACAAAAGCAACAGGCAUUCGCAAGGCGAGAGAGAAAGAGUGCCACACACAAACUAGCAGCUUUAGGGGAGGGAGAGCAAGUCAAAGACGAAGCAUUCCUGUACUCAGUUGAACAAUCUCCAUGCAUUGGUGAAGCAACAGGUCGUGUCGGCCAAUAGAAAGAAAAGCUCACCUAUGCUGCGACAGAGUGUUCCAUCCUUCCAUUCAAAAGACUGACAAUGGGUGAGCAUUUCUUAGACAUGUGGAAGAUAUCAGCCCUGCUUGUACUGUGGCGAAACACUGCCCUCGAACCUCACAAAAUUGUGGCAUUGUACCAAACCUACCAGAUAACCAACAAGAACUCUUAAAUAUUAAUACAGUACAGGAAGUAGGCGAAAUAUCACAGCACGGCAGGACACAUACAUAAGCAUAAGCAUGAUACCCAAGCUGGGGAAGCUAGCCCAGGAAAACUGCCUCCCAUCCAAAAAACAGACCAACUGCCUCAUACUCUCAUCAGCGUGCAGAAGCACAUCAGUACUUUAGACAUGAUCCCCAUGAUACAGAAAGUUGGUGAUGCCCUUAGCAUAGUCGAUGUUGAUCACGAAAGCCUUCAAAACUUUCCUGCACACCAUUCUACAAAACCUGGCAGAAAUGAAGCCCGGUAAUUGAAUGCUCCAUUACAUCAGAGUUUCCCGACUGACUGUAAUAUCCACAUCCUGGGACAGCCUAACCAUUCAAACACUUUUCACACACAGAGCCACCCCCAGGGUGUGAUACUCGCAUCAAUGUUACUUUUUAAUGUUUUUUUUUACCAUUAGUGAAGGUCCAAGCCCUUCAUACUUUUGGAAAAAUACUGGCAAAAUAUCAGAGCACCUUAAAUAAUUCACUAUUUGUUUCUGUGAACCAUUUCUGGUUUUUGCACACAGGUGGAUGCAUCGUGAAAAAAAUGGCUUGUUCCAUUCCUUCAAACACUGCAGCUGUCACAUGCAAGCUCACUCAUGUGUGCAGGCCCACAAUUUUGUAGCGAUGACUUUUGCUAUGCUAUUCCUUUUAAUGCUUCAAUGGUCAGUGAAACCCCGCCUGCAUCAUGAAUUAGAUCAGGCAGCCAUGGAUGGUGGAUGGCAAGAGUGCCAUACAAUCAAGCAAAAGGCAUCAAUCCCCUGCACUAUUCUUUAUGAGCAUCAUCAUCAUACCUGGCUUUAUUACAUCAGCAAUUUUUUUUUUUUUUGUGACGUUGCAGUAAUGUUGAUAAUGGCCAGCUCCACAUUUAAAGACCAACUUUGGCAUCACAUUAAACCUUCAUAUUUAACAUUCAUACUUGCUAAGUCUUCUCUUUUUAUGCAACUUUGAGAACGUGUCAGUGCUCCAUUAACCUGGACAUUAAGCCUCCCUCACAAACAACCUGUGCCACGCAACCUAUGCAGAUGACCUCACUCUCUGGUGUACCAAGAGCAACACAGGGAAGCAAGAAUCAGGUCUACAGGAAAGCCUCAACAUCACAGAUGUACAUGCACAGAAGGUGGGCACCUAGACGAGCUUCCAUCCCACAAAGUUGGCUGCUAUUGGUAACAAGAUCAAGGCAGUGCAGAGUGGCUUGAGCACAUUACACAGCAAAUACAUCAGAUCCUGCACAUGAUGUAUUAAGAAACCCAAACUAUGCAGUCCCGGUCCAAAAUGACCUAUGCAUAUCCUUGCCUCCGUCUCAACAAUUCGCAGUAAAACAAGCUAAAAGCCAUGGUCUGCUAAUGUCAGAGUAAGCUACAUUUUUAAAAAAUUUUGCAGCCUGUACCAAAGUGACACCAGACUUCGAAGUGACUGUGACACACAACAUGACAGAAGACGAAUUAUUGCGCAUAAAGAACUUCAACACUGUUGACGAAUGUCUAUGGGUCACUCCAAGCCAAAUGCACCAGCUGAAAGCUCAACCCUCUCAGAUUUUUUUUUUUUUUAAUUGUGCAUUUACAAGGUCGAAAUAAAUGCAUUCCAAAGACGUUUUGUGCAGAAACAAAUAAUUUGUCUAACUGAACACCAUUUGAAUUGUACCCUUAAAAGGGCCCUGAAACGCUUUUCCUACUAAUCAUAGAAUGGCUUCAUUAUUAAAGGACGUUGCCGCAUGAGCCUCCCGCCUCAAACAUUUUCCUAAUUCUUGAAGUGUAAGUGGCGUUAGACAUAGUUACGGCACCGAUGAGCGGCUUUCUUUCUCCUUUCAUCUCCGCUAGCAUGCUGGAAGCUACACACUGGAGAUAGCAAGGGGGCAAGGCCCCACUCAAGAGUUGAGCGUCUCACCAGCGAGAGGGCUCGUUGCACCAUUUCAUGGUAGCCACAGUAUCUACGCUAUGCAGCGUGCUGCUGCCAUCUCAGAGGCCAUGCACAGCAGACACAGCUAUGCGCAACUGUCGUGUGUAGACCAGGUGCAAAGAUUAAAUGCUUCAGUCUUUUUGAGAUUGCAGACAUAUAUAAUCAUUUAUUUAACUAAAAUUAACUAUAUUACCACAAUCAUGAAAUGAGGCAAUAACUGUAGGUGAACUUGGCUGCUUGCGAAAUAGCUGCAUGACAACAUUGCAAAGUAGAGAGCAAGCGAUUUUUCAGUUUUUGACAAGAGAUCGUAAAUUCCCUGCUGCAUGCAGUGCAGGAAUAUUUGGCUCACAUGUUCACAGGAGCCUAAUUUACAGAUGAGUAAUGUUUUUUUCAUUAAGUUCAAGAAGUGUUACAGGGCCCCUUUAAGAGCAAACAUGAUGUGAAUUGAUUUCACAAAGGGAAACUCUACAACUUCGCUAUUUACCACUGUACAUGAUUUUUUAAUGGCGUCAGAUCACUCGAGGCAAAUAGAUGCUCUUCUUCAUCAACUUUAGCAAAGCAUUCAACUAAGUAUUACUUGCUAUUUAGUGAAGUGGGUGGAGGCACAUUUAUAAAAUUGAAGUCAAUUUGUUGUGGUAGAUGAUCAGGCUUUCGAUAUCCUUCCAGCCUCUUCUGGUAAGCCGCAGGGCAGUGUACUGGGUCCUUUAGUCUGAUUAUGUGUGCAGAAAACUUUUUGCAGAUGACUAGUAUACAGGGUGUUUUUUUUUAAGGACAAUACAGAUUUUUUAUAAAAAGUAAUGAGCACAGUAAACUUGGCGUUAUUGCAAAAGAGUUCCCAGGCGAAGUGGACAUAACUUGCCGCUAAUAAUGGGAGCUUUAGGAUGCUAAUUAACAAAAAUGCAUUAAUUACCUUGGUUUAUUAGUUCCUAGAAGGCGGUUGUCCAAAUGGCAAAUUUGGAGGCAGUUACAGUGUCAUGCACACCCAUCUUUUAAAUGUCUUGAAAAUUGCACUUAAUUUGAGAUAUUCCUAAUCAAAUUCCAAGGCUAAAUCAAGGCAUUAUCGACACAGAGUGCGUCCAAGUGCCCGUCGGACAUCAACGCCCCAUAAAGAAGUGUGAAGUUUGAAUGAUGGCAUGCCACAGCAAACCCGAUCUGGCAGACAACUGCACCUGCUUGCCAGGCAAUUCGUGCCGUAUCAGUAGCUGCUGCGACUGGCCCUGAUGUUUGGUAUCAAACUUCCUCACGCUUUUUGCCAUGGGGCAUUUUGGUUCAAUGUGAUAGCAGGGCUGCCUUUUAUGCACUCUCGCGACACUUGGUUUCAAUAUUGACAGGAUUUACUGUUAAAAUUCAAUAAAUACUUCAAAUUAGGUGCAACUUUCAAGAUUUAAAAAAAAUGAGUGUGCAUUAAAAUGCAACUGCCUUCAAAUUUGCCAUUUAAACAGCUCCUUAGACACUAAUAAAAAGGUCAAUUUUUUUUUUCUUUUGAAUAGCAGCAAAGUAUGUCCACACUGCCUAGGAAUUCCUCAGCAAAAACACCAUGUUUGCUGCGCAAAUAGCCUUUUUAUUAAAAAAUCUGUAUUCUAUAAACACCCUGUAUAUAAAGAAAUAUUGUCCAAAAGUGACCACGCUGUCUCACAGGACCAGUUGUUCAAUGUGCUGUCGAACAUGGGACAUGGAAGUUAACAUUCAAAAAACAGUCCAGUAGUCGCAUGCAAAGUAUAGCCUAAUAUUUAUGCCUUUACAGCUUACAAUCAAUAGCACAGGUAAGUGAACACAAAUAUUUAGGUGUUACAUUCACUUCGAAAUUAUCCUGGCCAGCUCAUGUUACUGACAUUUUUGCAUCAGCCUUUAGGAAGUUGCGUUUUUGAAGCAGGAAAUUAGGAAAAGCUCCAACAAAGCUUAGAUUAUUGAUACGCAAUACAUAAAGCAGCUCUUAAAAAGAAUGCGCUUCCAUGAUUUGGGAUCCCCGAACUAAACAGGAUACACGAAAGCUAGAGAUGACGCAAAGGAAAGUUGUCAGAUUUAUUCAUGGGAAAUAUAAAAGGAACGACUCCCUUCUAAGCUUAUGCGUGACGACAUUUCAACAUUACAAAUGUGUAGAAAAUAUGCUUGCAUAGUGUAUUUGCACAAUAUUUUAAAAGGUAAACUAGACAUGUCCAUAUCUUCAUAUGUGCAACCCUUAAGUACCUGAAGGAUUUGACACACACGAUCGUGCACUGAAACCGAUUUUUGAAAAAGCAAAUACAUCUAAACAGUUUUUUUCCCACGGACAAUUUCCAACUGGAACACCUAUCCUAAAACUGUUUUUGAGGCGAUUUUUGCAAUGCACUUGAACAUAUGUUGUUGGAUAGGUCUUUUUGUUUGAAUUUGUAUUUUUACAGGAGCAGACAUAUAACAGUGUUCAUUUGUUAGUGUAAAUACUCAUAUUUGUUAAUUUCUUUACUAAUGCUCUAUCUGGUAAUCACAUUCUUUCUAUUUUUUUAAUCAUACUCCACUCCUGCUUGUGCCCAUCUGGCCUGCAGUAUUGUGCAAUAAAAGAAAAAAAUUGUAAAAAACUAUUCUUAAUUCAUUCAAAGUGGAAAUUUCAUCGCAAUACCUUAUAAAGAUUUUGGUUUACUAUACUCGUCCAUGUAGGCCCAGACUAUCUUUAUUUUGCACACACGCACACGCAUACAUACACAUAUAUGUGAACAAGAAAUGAAACUGAGGGGCCCGAUUUUUAUGUCAUAUUAUAAGAAGCCAAGUUUGGAGAUAAGUGCCAUCAAACUUGCCAUAAAAAUGCACUGUUCCUCUUGGUAUUUUUAACAAACACUCAUUUAUGCAUUCAAGCACAAAAGUAACUGGAACACCCAUGUAUUUCAUCCCACAUUUUGGGAAAUAUCUUGAAAUUGGCAUGAUCCUGGAAAUUCAUUUUAAGCCAAUACGUCUUGCAAACUCACUGGCUACAAUUUGUAAAUUGCAAGAUGUGCCAAAGCAAUUAAGAAUCAGUGCAUGUUAGUUAAUUGAAUAUGGUUUGAUUUCUCAUGCUAGUAAUGUCUGCUUCUUUGAAUAAUCUAGCUCAAGAACAAGAAUUAUGCUGUUAUAGGUGAUGUUUAAAAAUUUUGAAGAACUUAAGAAAUUAUCACCCUGUAUUAAAAAUAAAAGUUCAAGCAUAGAAAUCAGAGUGCAUAAUCACGCACAAUUUUCUAAGGCACUGAGACCAAAUUUCCACUUUUACUGAAUUAAAAUCAUUUUUUUUUCUUCUAUACAUCACGUUUUGCUCUAAUGGCACAAUUCAAAUGGUGCUGAGGCAGACAAAUUUUUCACACACGAUAUUGUGCGAAUGCACAAUAUUGUGUGCACACAAAUGCCCACAAUUCUUUUUUUUUAUCCUAGAGGGUCAAGUUUUCAACUGCUGCGCCAGUCAAGGUUGCGUCAUCUUGCAAAGCUUGAAAUACGAGACUCAACAUUUACCUUGUAUCUAGCAAGCUCCACCACCAUGGGACACUAUUCCAAACAUCAAGGUCCUACCCAUUUCCUAAACUGUGUGGACAUUCAUCAAAGCAGAUGACAAGCUUGUGUUAGAUCAUCCAGCCACAUUGACCAUGACACCUACUAUGCUGACCCUGGUCAUAGCUUGAAGUAUACUACUACAGCAGUCAUGGAACUAAGAAACUAGACCACCUGCAGUCACGAAACAGUAUUGUCUCCUACAGAUGCAGAGAUUCAGGCCAUUACAGAAGCCAUCCGCCUGCCCACACCACACACACAAGACACUAACACUAUAUACACAGAAAGCUGACGAGUGCUAUGUGCCUUUAUAAAAAAAUUAAUCCCUGAUCAUAUCCUCAUUGUUAUGUUACGUACCACCGAGUCACUUUCAACUUUUGGCGACACCAUGAACAUAUGAACACCAAUGAGACCCACUUAAGACCUUUAAGGUCACUGCGCUGCUACCAUGUGACAUGAAGAAUGUCCUCCAACCAUUUCGUGCACCAGCGUACCCGUUUUCUCUUACCAUCAACUUCAACAUGCAUUAAUUUACAUUCCAUUGAACUGGCAGCCCACACGACAUGACCAACAUAAUAAAGUCUGUUUCACCCUACACUCAACAAAUACUACAUGCACAAACACCUACAUUACUGGUUCUGGAUUGUGUCCCAGGUCACCAAGAGAUAAAAGGCAAUGAAUAAGCCAAGGCCUUAGGUCAUGAUCUCAUAAUUCUAAGCGAUUCCAUGAUGUGUCCCAAGACCUACUGCCCCAGAUGUGUCAUCUUACUAUCAACAUCACUUACUGCAGAUGAUGCUGUACUGAUCACCAGGCACGACUGCACUAGCCAAACCGGUGUGUCAAAUACAUAAAUGGCCCAAUGCACUACACUUACUGGGAAUGCUUCAGGGCGCUCUCUUCUCCACACAUUUUGAUUUGUUUAAACAUCCCUCCCUCCCU